UUCCCGACUGAGAACGAGGCCCAACUUCGCGUAUUUUGAAAGUUUACGAGUCUCGGGGGUUUCCCAGGAAUUUCUGACCAAAUCUUUUGUCGUGAGCCAGACAUCUUAAGAUGUCUAAGAAAGGGGGUUUCCUCACCCCCAAGGCCAUUGCCAACAGAAUUAAGGCCAAAGGACUUCAAAAGCUGAGAUGGUACUGCCAGAUGUGUCAGAAGCAGUGUAGAGAUGAGAAUGGAUUCAAGUGCCACACAAUGUCGGAAUCUCACCAAAGGCAGCUUCUUCUGUUUGCAGAAAGACCAGACCAAUUCCUGGAUACUUUUUCCAAGGAAUUCGAAGAUGGUUAUCUAGAGGUUUUGAAGAGGCGGUUUGGAACCAAGCGUGUACAUUGUAAUAUUGUAUACCAAGAGUACAUAGCAGACAGGGAGCAUGUCCAUAUGAACUCCACGCAGUGGGAGACACUGACAGAGUUUGUCAAACAUCUGGGGAAAGAUGGUUCUUGUGUAGUUGAUGAAACUGAAAAAGGUUGGUUUGUGCAGUACAUAGACCGUGAUCCAGAAACAAUACGAAGGCAAGAGGCACUUAAGUCAAAAGAAAAAAUGGAACUGGAUGAUGAAGAGAAAGUGGCAAGGUUUAUUCAAAAACAAAUUGAGAGGGCAGCAGAGACAGAAAAAGAACAGCCCAAGUCGGAAUACACAGAGUUAAAGAGGGAGAGUGAGGAGGAAAAAGUGGCUUUCAAUUUAGCUGCCAUGAAAAAAUCAGAAGGGAAAUCUGCAGUGAAGUCAUUACCAUCAAUGAAUGCACUUAAAGCAGAGGAGAAAAAGCAUGCUCCUACCACCAGCAAAGAUAGCCUGAAGUCCACAUCGACUGCUGGGCAGAAGAGAAAGAAUGCCCUUGAUGAAAUUAUGGAGUUUGAGGAACAAAAGAAGGAAAAAAUGAACAGGAAAGACUAUUGGUUGCACAAGGGAAUUGUAGUGAAGGUUGUCACAAAAAAACUUGGUGACAAAUUUUAUAAAAAGAAAGGAGUAGUUAAGGAGGUAGUUGACCAAUAUGCAGGGGUCAUCAAGAUGUUGGACAGUGGAGAUAAGGUCAAGGUUGACCAGGCACAUGUGGAAACAGUUAUUCCAGCCAUAGGAAAGUCUGUUUUAGUGGUGAAUGGAGCAUACAGAGGCAGUGAGGCUACUUUAUUGAGUAUAAACGAGAAAAAGUUUUCCUGUAGUAUAAAAAUUGUUGCAGGUCCUUUGAAAGGCAGAGAAGUGGAUGGGGUCCAGUAUGAAGACGUCAGCAAACUCCACCUUGCCUCCUGACACGGUGUGUUUGAUGUGCCAGCCAGAGCAACGCACCGAUCCCUUUGUAAUGAACGUUCAGAGAGAACAACAAGAGAAAGAGCCGAGAUUUACGCCCUAUACUGAAGAGGUUCAGCAGUUCCGUGAAGUGCUGGUUUCACAUGCAAUUCCAGGAUAUAGCCUAAUAUGCCAAGUUUGAUUUUAAGAGAACUGUUCUUCAAGUAUAAAAAAGGCAAAACUCUAAGUUGCUGUGUUACCAACAGCUUGUAUCAGCGUGUUUCGUAAUCUGUGACAGGAUAAUAGUCUGUCAUGGUGACAUAUAAAUAAAAGUGAACAUAUUCAGGGGCAUAGUUGAACAUGCAUAACAUUUUAUUUUGUAAAUUGAUAAUUUUUGUCUCCAAAGUAAGUGUCACGGGUUUUAAUA